UAUGGCUGCCAACCCUAAACUACUACCCAAAACUUCCUGUAUUGUACAUGUUCCUCUUCUGGGGAGUCUCGGAGGUACAUGAGGUUGGAGAGAUUGUGUGGGGUUGGUUUCGCAGGGAAUAUGCUGCUGAUUGUACAACCAUGAAGGAGAGACCCAAGACUGGAGAACCUGCCUCCUACACCAGGGUCGUGCUGAAGAACUUCUCUGAGUAUCAUUACCUGAAGGUCCAGCUAGUAUUUGAAGACAAGGUUGUCAAGAUUUCUGCAGCUCAGUUCAAGUCAUUUAUUCUCUCAGCUUUAAAGGAAUUGCACGGAGAGGUGGGUGCUUCUAUCCCAUUGGACCUGUUGAAGUUUGAUGGACAGACGUUGUAUGCCAUACUGAGAAUUAAAAGCAGUGGCCUCGUGAAGCUGUGGACCUCUCUGACCCUGCUGGGACAAUACCAGGGCCACCAGUGCAGCGUUCGCGUGUUACAGACCUCUCCUUUCCUGUUGGCAUUGGCUGGUAACAGCAGAGAACUGGUGGUAGACUAGAUAUUCCUAAGGAUGCUCCAUCACUUGGUCACCAGUGGCAGGGCACUUGGCGUCUCCUCCAACGUAUCCAGGUUA